AUGGCUAUUACGAGGGGUCAGAACUUUAAGGAGAUUGGAGGAAGUUGUUUGCAAGUGACCCUCAGCGACUUGACCUGCAACCGGAUCGAUGGAAACCUGAAACAAAUCGAUGCCGGGAAUGGGCAAGUCUUUGGCGUGAGCGCCAAUGGAUCGGUUUACACCAGGCAUGAUGGCACCUGGGUGUGGGUUCCCGGGAACCUGGCGCAUGUGACAGUGGGUCCAGCUGGAGUCUGGGGUGUCGACGGUGCUUACAAUAUCUACAGAAAACGGGGAGGAUACUGGUUGGUUAUGAGUGGCCUGCUCAAACAGAUCGAUGCUGGUGGAAAUGGUAUUGUGAGUGGAGUUAACAUGAACGAUGAGAUCUUCUGUGUCCAUCAAGAUGAAGUAAGAUCUGCAAUCAGUAUUUCCAGCCCAAAUUACAACCGUAUUGAUGGCCAGCUGAAAUACUACUCCUGUGGGCCGUAUAGUUGUUGGGGCGUUAAUGCAAACGAUGUUAUCUACGUCCGGCCAAACGUGGAAUCGAGUCAAUGUGCUGGAAGCAACUGGGUGAAGGUGGAUGGCGGACUCUCAAUGAUCGAGACUGGGACAGACGGGAGUGUCUAUGGUGUCAACAGUAACGGCAAUGUCUACCGCAGAGAUGGGAUCACGUCCCAGAACCCUGCUGGGACAAGCUGGACUCAAAUCAACAUUGGAGGGAUAUCCUUCAAGCACGUGACAGUGGAUCUGGAAGAACUGUGGCUGGUGACUACCCUCAACAAUAUCAUUCAUUGCCAAUAG